UGACAGCUGUGUGCUUCUGCUCCAUGCAGGUGCUGCCGAGAGCUUUGCGAUGGCUACCAAAAUAGUAACGGAGCGCUGGCAGGAGGAGCAGAUGGAGCAGAUGUCUCACGGCAUGCAGAUGUCGUCCCAGAUCAAGAAGAGAAAGUUCAAAUCCAGUGAUGAAACGGCUUCUCUGAGCGAAUACUAUCCCAUCAUUCCCGGUAACGUCAUGUCUGUGAAGGAGAUCCUGACCGGACCCAAGUUCCCACGCCACCGGACAUGGGAGGUCCUGAGAGAGUCCAGUGAGGAGCUGCGCGAGAGGGACCAGUGGACGCUGUUUGGGAACGAGGCCGAGAAACUGGAGAUCGGUGUGAUCCGAAACCAGCGUGUCGUCCGUGAGCGCGUGGAUCGAUUCGCUCUGCGCCACGAGGCCGAGAGAAAAGCUUCACUGCACAUGAAGUUGAUUGAGGAUCUGAGCAUGAAGGCUCCUGAUUUCCCCGUCCCGCUGCGGCCGCACACGGUGUGGGCCGGGAUGGACGUCAAACUGUCCUGUUCGGUUCAGGGCUGCCCGGUUCCCAGCGUCACAUGGUAUAAGGAUGACGUUCCUCUCCGAGGAUCCCUGCCGUGGAACUACAAGCUGACGCAGAAGUUCGGCCUCAACGUUUUAGAGAUCAGGAGAUGUUCUGCUGAAGAUGCAGGAGAAUACAAGGUUAUAGUGAAAAGCUCCCUGGGAGAGGCGACGUCCAGCGCCAGACUGACAGUCAACUCACAUGAAGGAGCCGAGGCCAAAGUGAAGCGCUCGUGGACGCCCAUCGCAGUUCCAGAGCCGGAUGCUCAGCUGGCCUCCACCUUUCCUCCAAAGUUUGUGAAAGAAGGUGACAACUUGGUUCUGCAGUGCAGUUUCACCUCAGCUUUACUGCCUUUCCAACAAGAUGUGACCUGGUACAGAGACGGACGGGUGUUGCGUCAGUCCAGUCGUGUGGAGCUGCAGACGGGUCUGCGAUCGGCCAGUCUCACCCUGAAUCGAGUGCACAAGGAACAUGAAGGACAGUACAGCGUCCGUCUGCGCACCUGGGACGGGACCGUCGAGCACAGCGCCUACGUCUAUGUCAAAGAUGGACCCGCGGUUGUGCUCGGAGCUCCAGGCUCUCCUCUGCAGCUGCAGUGUUCUGAUGUGAACCGGGAUUACGUCUUCCUCUCCUGGAUUCCUCCCAGCGCAGACGGAGCCGCUGCUGUGCAGGGUUACUUCAUAGAGAGGUGUGACAUUGGUGUUGGGAAGUGGGAACGCUGCAAUGCUGUCAUCCACAGAGAGUGUCAGUAUCCCGUCAUAGGACUGAAGGAAAACACAAUGUAUCAGUUCCGCGUCUGUGCAGUCAACCAGGCAGGCGUGGGCCGCCCGUCUAAACCCACUGACCCCGUCCUGACCUCUGACCCCCUGGAGCCCAGCAGGACUACGGUGGUGAAGGUGGAGCGCGGCAGAGAGAUUGUGAUCACUAAGGACCAGCUGGAGGGUCAAAUCCGAGUGCCGUUCCCCCCCACCGAUGUGUGCGUUUGUGAGCUUAGCGACACCUACGCCGUGCUGAGCUGGACUGAACCAGAUCCGCGGGGCAGAGAGCCUCUCACCUACUCCGUGGAGCGGUCCCUAACAGGGAAGGAGAGCUGGCAUCUGGCCAGUAUGGACAUGACCGUUCCGUCUACGAGAUUUGCUGCGUUCGACCAGCAGAAGGGAAAGUCAUACACUUACCGUGUUCGUUCUGUCAACAAGUACGGCAUCAGCGAACCAUCUCUUCCCAGCAAACCCGUCUCACUGGGACAACCGCUAGGAGUUCCCGCUCCACCACACGGCAUCCUGCCCAUCCGAGACACCAACAGCUCAGUCCAGCUGCAGUGGAAGGAGCCCAAAAUAACAGAGGGCAUUGUGGGAUACUAUCUGUACUGCAGUGAGGUUGGAAGUGGACAGUGGAGGACCAUCAACAAUAAGCCCAUCACUAAAACCAGGUUUACAGUUGAUGGCCUGAUGACCAAUAAAGACUAUGUGUUCCGGGUGAAGUCUGUGGGACUGGCGGGAAACAGCAUCUACUCCGAAGAGUCUCCUGCCAUUCGAGUCAAAUCAGCGAUAUAUGCUCCGUCCCAUCCAUCAGCCAUCGCUCUCCUGCACUGCACCGGAUCAGAGAUGCUGAUUGGCUGGAGAGCCCCGGCCAAUCACGGAGGAGACCCUGUGCGUGGCUACUACCUGGACCAGAGGGAGAAAUCCCAGAGUUCCUGGACAGAGGUCAACGUCAAACCUGCUAAAGAGAGAGUGUACGAGGUGACUGGCCUUCAGGAAGGAAGUUUUUACCAGUUCAGAGUCUUCGCAGCCAAUAUUGUUGGACUGGGCGACGCUUCUGAGCCCAGUGAACUGUUUCUGUGUGAGCGCUGGACGAUGCCUGAGCCCGGUUGUCCGUAUGAUCUGGAGUUUAGAGAAGUGAGGCGGAACUCUCUGGUGCUGCUGUGGGCGGAGCCUCUGUACAAGGGCCAAUCAGAGAUCAGCGGCUAUAUAGUGGAGAUCAGUGAGGGGGCGGAGUCUGAGGAUUGGACCCCUGUGACGAGUGAGCCGGUGACGGAAACUCACUUAAAGGUUCCAGGUCUGCAGGCGGGUCAGACGUACCGUCUCCGUGUGUCUGCCGUUAACGCGGCUGGAGUCGGCAUGUCUUCGGUGGCGUCAGAGCCGGUGGAGGCACAGACUAAAGCAGGAACCAAAGAGAUUGCGAUCGGAGUCGAUAAUGACGGCUUCAUCUUUCUCAGCUUUGAAGCUCCUGACAGCACUGAUAAAGACGUCUUUAAGUGGAGUAAGAACUACGGGAAAGCGAUUGAUGCCGGACGAGCCCGACUGGAGAACAAAGACAACAGGUCAAUUCUUACCUUCACGGACGCCUCGGAGCAGGAUUUGGGUCUUUACACGGUGGAGCUGAGCGGAAACCCUGACGUCUCCUCUAGUUUCACCUUCACUGCGGAGGACCUGGAGAGGCUGACAGAACUCAGCUGGCAUGUCAGAAACCCACUGAUCGCUCUGAGGUCUGAAGGCUGGCAGGUGGAUGUCUCUGAGCAGGGAAGUGUGCGUCUGUGGCUGCAGACAGAAGCUCUCAGCAGCGCCGCGGUGCUUCGGCUCAUCCUCAACGACAGAGAGAUCUCCAGCACUCCGACCCAUAAGAUUAACUUUGACAAGGCACACGGUCUGGUGGAGAUCCUGUUUGAUCAGAUAUCAAGAGACGACGAGGGCUCGUACACCGCGCAGCUCAAAGACGGCCGGGCCAAGAACCAGUUCACGCUGGUGUUUGUGGAUAAGAAGUUUCAGGACACACUGGCCAAAUCUGAGGCCAACAGACGCAACUGGAAGAGAAAGUCGGGUCCUCAUUUCGAGGAGUUUUUGUCAUGGACAGUGACUUCAGAUUGUGAAAUGAUUAUGAAGUGCAAGGUCACUAACGUGAGCAAAGACACGUGUGUGAAGUGGUUUAAGGACGGAGUGGAGCUUCCUCAGGCGGUGUCCGAGCCCUCGGGCGUCAGCACCUUCACCGUCCCGCAGGUGACGAGGAAGGAGCUGGGUGUGUACAGAGCCGUAGUGAGCGACAGCAGAGGAGAGGACGAGAGCGUCCUGCAGCUGAUAGAUGAUGAGUUUGAGCGUCUCGUGCAGCAGCUCGGUAAACAGUGCGCGCUCUCUGCCGGUCCGGUGUGUGUCCAGUGCACUGCGCAGGGCUUCAAGCUCUACUGCUCCCUCAAAUACUACCUGAGCUACAUCAAGACCAGCUGGUACUUCAAAGACAAGAGAAUUGACCUGGAGGAGCGGACGAAGCCGGGCAGCAGCAUGCAGAAGGUUUGGAUUGAGAUAUUCAGCCCCACAGAAAACGAUAAAGGGAAGUACACCCUGGAGAUGUUCGACGGCCAGGAAACACACAAGCGCUUUCUGGAUCUGUCUGGACAAGCGUUCGCAGAUGCUUUGCUGGAACACCAGAGACUGAAGCAAGUUGAGUUUGCUGAGAAAAAUCGAGCCCGAGUCACGAAGGGUCUUCCUGAUGUGGUGGCAAUAAUGGAGAAUAAGUCUCUCUGUCUGACGUGUUUUGCUGACGGCGAUCCUGUGCCGGAAAUGUUCUGGCUGAAGAACGACAGAGAAGUCACCUCCACCGGCCAGUAUAACAUUAAAAACGAGAAUAAAUCCUCCACUCUCACUAUAAACCACGUGACCAUGGAGGACUCGGGGAACUACAGCAUCUUCGUGCGUAAUAAACACGGAUCGCAGACGGUCCUCGUGACCGUCAGUGUGUAUAAACGUGGUGAAAAGCCUCGAGCAGAUGCAGUGCAAAUGUAACUGUAAGCGCCACAGUGAUAGAGUAAAGUUAUAUUGUGCCACAUCAACGAUGGGUGAAUCUAUUUUUAUUAAAGUCAACAAUGGUUUGACCUCAUUUACAUGGUGUGUGUUCAUUUUGGAGCCUGUAUGAUAGUGUCCAACAUAAAACUGUCCUCACCCUCAGGGCAGCGGAGAUGAAGAUGAGUUUGUUUCUUCAUCAGAU